UAAGGCUGUUUGCUGCUUCGUACAUUCGUGAGUUGUCCGUCGGACUGAGCACUGCUAAAAGACAUUUCACCACCACAUUGGGUUUCCGAACCCUUUCAGGUGAAAUUUGCAUUCCAAACAUUGAUUUUGGCGAAGCAUUUUGGAAGUGACUGCUCCUGUUUGAGCUGUUUAUGUAGGUUUGAAUUGCAGAUGCCUUCGGUCCGUAUGUAUUUGGAAUUGGAGACCAUGGCAUGAAGAGUGUUUGGAGGAGGAGCGCGUGAAAAAAAGUAAAACAAUGUCAAUGUCGGAAUCCUUUCGGAAGGCGAGACAGUAGUAGGUGCUUCAUCAGUAUGCGUAUGAAGUUGACGGAAUUGUCUGCAAAUUUUAUCAAUUUUGUGGUCCAUGUGUCAGAACAAGGCUCGAAGUUGCCCACGUCGCAGUAUGAACGACAUCAAAAAGCGGUUGACCCGAACUCUUUCCGGUCCACGUCGCUGUGUUAAGUGCCAAAAAAUGGUUUAUUUUUCAAUCUAUCGCUGCAAAUUAUGUGGAGAGUUAACUCACAAGCAUUGUUUGUUCCACGCGAACCAGAGUUGUAAGUCGAGUGUACCAGAUAUACCAAUAGGAUUUCCAAUUAUGAAAGCAGCUGAAUGCGAAGGUUACCGAUCACCAGCGAGUCCCCGCGAAUAUUGGCUGAGCAGGCAGCGCCGCCACACAGAUUCUCCAUCUUCGUGUGAUGCAGAGGAAGCCUACCAGAAUGAGUUGCGCCAUCCUAGUCCGAGUGUUGCCAUGGCGGGGCUUUUGAAAAUAGUCCAGUGGCUCUCACACAGAAAGAGAACUAGGGAGAUGAUGGGCAAGACCUCGGCAGAGAAGCACAUCAAGGGAAAGUUUGGCUUGCAUAUAGAAGACAAACAGACCAAGAAGAAGCUGAAGACGCUCAUCAAGAACUACCAAAAGCAGGUGGUUCCUCCUGGCUAUUACAGCCAAUACCAGCAACAACAGUAUCUUUUGCGGACAAAUCACGAAGCUCAUAUCAAUAAUCAGCAAUUCAAGACACGUGUGGUCUACAAACAGCAAGCCAACGAAGGUGGCAGUGAUAUCAUGUCACCCCGGAGCAGUGUUUCAUCAUACAGCGGGAGUUCGUUCAUGUCACCGGCGAGCACACCAGACAUAGAGAGCGUUCGCUCGAGGAGGGACAAAUUGGUUAAGCAGGCAUCCAUAAAAUGGGAGAGAGAUGUGAUAAAAUCUUCGAUAAUAGCAAAUUGUAGUCCCUCUGUGACAGUGAAAAAGCCUUUGGAGCACAAAACAUUGAAUGAAUAUCCCAAACAUGUUACGGUUUCGCCUAAGCCAUCAAUGAAGCUUAACGAAGCGAGUUGGUUGGCUGGAAACAAAAAUUCCUUGUUUGGACACCAGAGAAAUGUUCUUGAAUCUAAGGCAACUACUCUAACUUUUGCAAGACCACCAUGUUUGUCGAAGGCCAAAACUCUGAGUGUAGAAAGCAGAGAAGCACAGAAUGAGAGUCUUUGUGCCACCUGGCCACCUGCUGGAAAAGCAGGAACCAUCUUAGAAGAGAUUGUAGACGAAGAAGCUGAAGCAGAUUGUAUAGAAGAAGCUGAUGAAAAUUGCUUUACUUUAAGUGAUUUCCGAAGUGAUUCUCAAAGUGGUGAAGAAUCUUUGAAGGAAUGGUACAUUCCAUUUGGUGAUAUAGAAUUCAGAGAAAGAAUUCGGCACGGUCGUAAAGGGGAUAUAUACAAGGGUCGGUGGUAUGGAGAAGUAUUGAUUUACACCAUUCGUCAAAGCUGCAGCCAAGAAUUUAACCAGUUUCUGGACGAGGUGGCACAAAUGGGGAUGAUCCGGCAUGAAAAUAUUGUCCUAUUUAUGGGCGCAUGUAUUGAACCUCAGAGACUGGCGGUCAUCACGAGCAUGAGAAAAGGGCCUACGCUAUACGAGUACCUGCAUCUAAAAAGACACAGAUUGCCUUUCCAUUCUAAACACAACAUAGCUCGCCAAAUAUCUCAGGGUAUGGGGUAUCUACACGCCAAGGAUAUCGUACACAAGAAACUAAAUUCUAAGAAUAUUAUCUUGGAAUGUCGAGUAAAAGUCUGCAUUAUGGACCAUGGUAUGGCGGAUCAGCAAUUAGAUAGGGGUGACUACGGCUGUAUUCCCCGAGGCCAUCUGAGCUACAUAAGUCCGGAGCUGAUGUCUUCCUUGCAGAUAGAUCCUCCACGAAUUUACACCACAAAUGCCUAUACUCAAGAAUCUGAUUUAUAUGCCUUUGGGUCUUUGUUGUACGAACUAUUAGCAGAACGUUUUGCGUUUCAUGAUCAACCUCCACACUCGAUCAUUUGGCAAGUUUCAUCGGGAAAAUCGGCGCCUUUGCACAAUUUCCGUUUCAUUAAUGGAUUAAAGACUUUAAUCAAGCGGUGUUGGUCACAAAGCCCGGAACAGCGUCCCCCCUUUUCAGAAAUUGGACACAUUUUACAGGAAAACGUUUCCCACCAUAGACGGCACAGCUGUUCCGAACCAGACCUCCUACAUCACACCGGUCAAUCGUCCAGCAGAGGGCUUUGCACAUAAUAACAAUGUGAUAAAUCGAAGAAGAUCUUUAUCUUUAGCAAUUUGAUGUGAUCAUUGUUAGACAGUUUCUUCAUUCACAUUGAUAAAUCCGCAGUUGAUCUCAAAAUGGCCUGCGUAGCUAUUUUCGCGCAUGCGCACUUUUUAAAAUGAAACAUAAAAAUCAGACAUUUUUUCAAUUUUUCUCAAGUAUGUGCCUUCCAGCUACUUCCUAGUUUAGUCUAGUCAGGAAUUAAUCCAGUAUUACCAUAACAGACUUUUUGAGGGAAGUCGGGCCUUAUUAAGGUCCCACUUGUAAAUUAUGACAAGAACAAAAGAAUUCAGGUUUUUUCGAUGCACCGUGCAUUUAUUCACAAAAAAAGGCACGUGGUGAUAUACAUUAGCCGUAGUUUUAUAAGCUUAUUGAUGCAGAAUUUUAGACAUUCGACUGUGAUGAGUGUAAAUAAGCAUAAUUCCAUCACAUUUCUUUAUUGAAUCAAUGAGUGGAAUAAUAUGUCAGUAGUAAAUGCAAUUGAACGAUACAUUGCAAAUUGUUGUAGUUAAUUUAUUGUUCAUCACAAGCAUGUAUUUAUUGCUCUUUUAUUUCGAUGAAACAAUUUUUGAUGAAUUUUUGAUAUAAUAAUGUAAAAAUAAUAAUGGUUUUCAUGUUUUUAAAAAAAUACUUAAAGGUUAAUCAAUUGCAACUUCUACAACGGAAUAUAUUCAUCAUUUUGAAAGGAAAAUAUAAAUUUCUGGUGAAUUCUUUACAUGAUGAGUAUUCAUUAUACGCAUUUGUUAAGAUAAUACUUUCCUUUCAGUAAUGUUCUAAAUUUGAUGAAAUUGAUCAACACUAUUGAAUCUAGCACACUAUUAUCGGAGGAUAUCUGUAUCUUUACAGAGAUAUCAAGGAAAAAAAUGUUUGUGAAUUAGGCACAUGUUAUUUAAAUCAUCAAAAAGUAAAGUAAUUUUCUGUUAUAUGAAAAGAUAUUCUUAAACAAAAUUUAAAAAUCAUCUAUCAUCAAUGGUUACCUUUAACAAAUGAAUUUGAAUGGUUUGUUACCUUUAACAAAGCAGAAGUAAUAGGUUCAUUAACACAGAUUAAGAAAUGCCAGAUAUUAUGCAAUUUCAUUAUCAGGAAUAACUUCACUCACUUUUUUUAAUAAUACUCACUAAUAUCACUUUUGAAGUCACCAUGGAAAGAAUAUAACUGUACUCAUAAUUAUCAGUAUUUGCAACAGCAACUUUAAACACUUAUAUUGUUUUAUGAAAGGAAUUAAUUACUGCCUUAUUUUUAUAAUGCUUUCUGUUCUUUUUUCAUCAACUCUUUUGAAUUGUAAUUAGGCACUGAUAAUAAAAGUGAAAGUUAAGAAAGAAAUAUUUUUCACUAUUAAUUCAGAAAGACAUAUAAUGUGCAAAAUAAUUAAAACCGUAGACGGAGUAAAAUAACAAGAAAUUAUAUGCCAGAAAAAAUGUUGUUGAGAGAAAUGUUCUUAGAAAAGUUAAAAGUUGUGCAAAUACAGACAUUCGACUUAUUAAAGAAAUUUUCUACUCUUAUUAAGAUGGAAAUAUUCGUUGUCUUGAAUUGAUAAGUUUCACUUGAUAAGUAAGUUUAAGCACUUGAUAAGUUUCAUAUCUAUAUAACAAUAGCUAUCUAAUAAAAAAAUUGCCUUUAUUUUCUGGAAAUUUUUUUAUUGUCUUCUUCUCUGUAUUGAGGGAAUUAAAGGAAUGUAAUUUCCUUUCUUUUAUCUUUUAAGGCAUUUUCAUCUUCAAUAACAUAUAAAUCGGAAAGCACUUGAUAAGUUUCAUAUCUAUAUAACAAUAGCUAUCUAAUAAAACCAUUUAGUGAUUCUGCUAUAAAUCACUUAAAAUUUGAAUUUGUACUAAUUCAGUGAUGGAAUUUUCAUCUUGAAGUAUUGCCAAUAAUCAGCCAUGAAGUAAAUCUCUUGAAUAUGAAAUAUUAUUUUGCAUUGAUUUGAUUAUUAAUAUUACAUUGAUUGCAUCAGUGCUGAAAUUGGUUGCUAUUUAAAUUGCCAAAUUUUUCUUGAAAAAGUAACAUUAUUGUGCAUUUAUUUGAUUAUUAAUAUUUUCUUGAUUAUAUCAGUGCUGAAAUUGGUUCCUGUUUAAAUUGCUGAAUUUUCUUCCUUUCAAUAGCAGAGAUAAAAAAAUGAUUAGUUCCAAGGUAAUUUGGUAAAACAUUCGAUCAUGUCAUUUAAUAUUUAUUUUUUAAUUUUGAAUCUAAAUUACUUCGAAUUUUCAUCAAAAAUAAAGAAAAAGUCAAAGGUA